UCUCGCGCAGCCUGCCAGUGAGCCUUGUUUUGGGUCCUGGUGACCUGAGGCUGGUCGCCAGGCAUCUUCAUCCUCUUUGUCUUGCGACAAAUGAACACUAUUAUUCAUGUUUUCUCCCGGGAAAAUCGAAACAAUAUCAUGUCAAAAUCUUUCUCCAUUUUCCUCCAUUUUUGACUUUACUAUGAGCCCAAGGAAGGAAUAGGUACACCUAAUGACAAAGACGAGCAGGCUGAUGGGCACAGCGUGGUCGUUUCGAAAUCAUUAGACCUCAGGCUUCAGGUGUUCGGGGACUAGGAAGAAUGUCAGCCUCGGUUUCAGAACGAUGCCGACGCUGCGUAUCGAUUUUAAAGUCUAUUUCCUCGGCUGCGGUUGAUCAGUCGGAGCAGAAUCAUCACAUCAUUAUCAACCACAAAGAAGUGGAGGAUAAUCUGGAGAGACUGAGUUUGUGGACGGGGAAUAUUGGCGCUCUACACGGCCCACAAUCUUCACUAUCACUGGAGUCACGUCUUCAAGAUGAGAAAAAAGUCUUGGACCUCAUUUUAGAUUUGCUCGAGGAUCUAGCUGAGGUCGCGGGCGAGCUGCGAGAGAUAGUCACUGGAGACCGGCAAGGCGAACCGGAGUUCGCUCCUGCUGAUCAAGAUGUCGGAGGAUACAUCGAUGAAGAGACGGAGCUUCUGGAAGAAAUUCGAGGCUGCAUAACCCGCCUUUUCCAAAUAUCCAAGCUCAUCCGCCGAGCUGCGCCAAGAGAUCUCUUUGCGAAAGCCCUGAGUCGGGAUCGGUACAAGUUUAGCGACCAGUUUGAUAUCGCGUAUGUUGGCGAAAAGUACCCCAAGCUCGCCACAGAGGACCUUGCUUGGUUGAGGAGACGCCUUGGUCAGGCUAUAACCCAGCGCCGACACUACCUCAGCUACAUUCAAGACCAUCGUGGAAAACUCGAACAAGUGGAUAGCCGCGAUGCGAAACCCGAGUCGGGUACCCAACAGUUCACACGGCAACAUCAGGAGCGACAGGCAGGUAAUACGGAGCUACACCUGGCCAGCGAGCCGUCCACUUUCGUUACCAAGGCUACGAGCGUACAGCCGGGUCACAUUACAGCCGAAAUGCUCACGGUCGAGGACAAUUCCGACCCCGAGGACGAUUCGCGGUCUUACACGACUAUAUCACGGUCAGUGGACGAAGACUUUGAAUAUUCAAUGGCGGACAGGAUCCCUAGACUGGAUACCCUGCGACAUUGGUCCAAGGACGAGGUCGAAUGUCCUUUCUGCUUUCGGCUGAAAAGGUUUAAGAACGAAAAGAUUUGGCGAAGACACGUUUUUUCAGACCUUCGAGCAUAUGUCUGCACCUAUCCACAGUGCGAUGGGCUGUAUUUCGGGGACAUUAAUGAGUGGUUUUCCCAUGAAAUGGAAACCCAUCGCGUUCAAUAUGCUUGUCCGCUCUGUCCAAACAAGGUUUUUGAGCACAAGAAACACUACCUGGCGCAUAUUCACAAGCAUCAUCCCACCCUGUUAGAACACGCAGACAAGCAUCUCGUUCUUGACAUGGCUCGCCAACCUCUGGAGAGAAUCCCCGCCCAGGACUGCCCAUGCUGCUCGGACUGGGUCGACCGCGUCAGAGCGCGAGCCCACCCUCCCCCGACAUCGCCUGACGAUACUGUUUGCGUCGUACCAACUAUAUUCAAACGACAUUUGGCAUCCCAUUUGGAGCAGCUGGCUUUGUUUGCUAUCCCAUUGGGCUCCAAUGUUUCCGAGGCGAACUCUGAUGAUGCCAUCCAGACCGCUGCAGAUGUGCCUUCGCAAGCGUCCAAUGACUCAGUUCUGCAAUUCUACAGCCCCAACCGUUCGCUUGCUUCGAUAGACGCCGAUGGAAACGAGGUUCGGCAUGGUACGUCAGGGGUGAUUCAAGAUGCUCCAGCAAGCAGUCACGGCAAAAAUGCUCCCAGCAGAGCGAGCACUGGCUUCGCAACCCGUGAUGGGACCGAAUCGCCACUAGAUGGAGAGGCAAUCGACUAUCCCGUCGGUGGGGAAACCGAUUAUCACGCUGGAGGGCUAGCUACAGAUGCAAUUCAUCUUGCAGGGUUGGGUGAAGCAUUCGCACAAGAGCAGGUGAACGCAAUAAGCGACCUGCAUGGGGAUCCCAGAUUUGUCUUUCGUGGUCUUGAUCCAGAAUAUCAGGUUUACCCCAGUGAAGACUGGGUUGUUGGAUCGGUAGGCACUCCUCCCACAGCCUGAUGCUCAGUACAUGUACAUUGAGGUAUCGCUAACCAUCUAGAUUGGCGUCAUCUAUCGGUCAGAGCCCAAGGGACAACCUGCGCCCAGUGGAAUGGAGCUUGAAGGCAUCGCUCCACGUUACCCCUUGGCAGAAAUGGCACACCAAUCUUUUCAACGCAUAGUCGUUGUGAAGACAGAAGAUGACUCGUCAUUUUGCUGCCCCAUCUCAACAUAUGGAGGAGAGGGCUGCGUGGAGAAGGCACUUCUGCCUGAGAUUCACGGCAUCAUCUACGAUAUAAAACAUGAACCACCAACACCCCUCGCAAGGGAGGAGAAGCUAGUUCCGCCUGUUGGGGCCGUGAUGUAUGGAGAGCACACACUCCCGCAAGCAUGUCGACUCAAUUACUUCAAAGGCUUCUGGAUCC